AUGAAAUACAACAAGGGCCUCCUGCUGCCCGCCCUGCUGGCACUAGCAUCCACUGCCGCCGCGAAGAAAGAGGAUCCGCUCGUUGCGGUGACGCCAUUCAAGAAUGACCUCGUCAACCUCAUGUACUUUGACGAUUCCGGCGUCGCCUUGCUCCAGGAACUCGAGACGGGGAGCAUCUGGCGGUCGCAAGAUGCCGGCAAGGGCUGGGGCAAGAUUGACGAGCUGCGCGGAUUGGGCAUAAUCAAGAGUCCGUAUGACAACAAGGUCGCGUUGGUCCUAGGCGAGAAGAAGCAUUGGAUCACGUACGACCGGGGAGACAACUGGGACAGCUUUGAGACGGAGCUUCCGCCGUCGCCGCAAGUGCCGGUCAACUGGCAUGCGCAGGACAACAAGAAGAUCAUGAUCCACGAGAUUGAGAACUGCUUCACUGCGCCAUGUCUUGGACGAACAUACUACACAACCGACGGCUUCAAGUCAGAGCCCAAGGUCCUCGUUGACGACCGCCGAAUGUGCCAGUGGGCCAAGGGCGCCGAGCGCUUCCUCGAAGGCAAGGAGAAGCACGACGACCGGAUACUGUGCAUCACAAGAGGCAAAUACUCGGACAGGUCAAAGGACUUCAGGCUCCUGAUAUCCGACGAUUACUUCAAGAACGAGGAGGAGCCCGUCAUGUCCUCCGGCCGGACCGUCCAGGGCAUGGCCAACAUGGCUGCUGUCAAGGGCUACAUCGUCGCCGCCGCCAAAGCCGAGCACUCGAGCGAGCUCGCCCUCUACGUAACCCAGGACACCGAGACAUGGCACCAUGCCCAGUUUGGCGACCACAAGAUUGAGGAAAACGCAUACACCAUCCUCGAAUCAACCAACUACAGCAUACAGGUCGACGUUACGACCUCCAAGUUCGUCGACAUGGGCAACCUCUACACGAGUAAUUCAAACGGAACCCACUUCACCAAAAACGUCGAACACACGAACCGCAACGAGGGUGGCUACGUCGAUUUCGAGAAGAUCGCCAACAUACAGGGUGUCGUUCUGGUCAAUACUGUGGAUAACUGGAAGGAGGUGGAAAGGUCAGGCCGGGGCAAGAAGCUCAAGUCGCGCAUCAGUUUCGAUGACGGCAGGUCGUUCGAGAAGCUCACAGUCAAGGGCAAGGACACCGAGUUACACCUACACUCUGUAACCAACCUGCACAACAGCGGGAGGGUCUUUUCGAGCCCAGCACCUGGUAUUGUUAUGGGCGUUGGAAACACUGGAGAGUACCUGGGCAAAUACACCGACGGCGAUCUUUACGUCUCCGACGAUGCUGGUCUCACUUGGGAGUUGGCUCUAGAGGAGGCUCACAAGUACGAGUUCGGCGACCAGGGCUCCGUUCUGGUAGCCGUAUUUGACGAGGGCGACACCGACGAGAUCAGGUACUCAUUCAAGCACGGACGAAAGGAUACCUGGCAGAAGAUCAAGCUUGACUACAAGAUCCGCGCACGCGAACUCACGACCCUACCUGACUCGACGAGCUUGAAGUUCAUGCUGUACGCAUCCAAGAAGAAGAAGGAAGGUGGCGGCCGAGAACAUGUCAUUAUCCACCUCGACUUUACUGAUAUGAUGAAGAAGUGCGGCGACAGCGACUUUGAUGACGAAUGGUCUGUGCGCAAAGACGCGGACGGUGACCCGAGCUGUGUCAUGGGCCACAAGCAGUUAUUCCGCAGGCGCAAGUGGGACGCUGAGUGCUUCGUUGGUGAGGUCUUCAAAGACCCUACACCAAGCUUCAAGCCAUGCGAUUGCGAUCAGUACAGAGACUACGAAUGCGAUUUCGGUUUCACACCCACUGGAGAAGGCAAGGAGAAAAAGUGCGAGCCUGACAACACAUUCCGCCUACCGAGCGGCGCUUGUGAGGGUGACGCGAAGACAUACAAGGGUAAGUCGGGGUGGAGGAAGAUACCCGGCGACCAAUGCAAGGGCGAAACGGAUAGAGACAAGGAAGUUGAGCGCGAAUGCGACGACGCAGAGAAGCCACCACCAAAGAGUGAUAAGAUUACCAGCGAGAUCACCAGGUUCAAGGGAGGCGAAUUCUUGGAGCAAUACUACCUCGAGGGUAACACCCAGAGUGACCCUGAGGGUAAUGACCGGGACAAGGACGAAACAGUCGUUAUGUUGACCGAUGAGCGAACGGCUUACAUCACUCACGACCAUGGAAAGAAGUGGAAGAAGGCCGUUGAUGAUGAGGUCGUUCGGAUCUAUCCUCAUCAGUACGACAACAACAGGGUCUACUUCCUGACCGCCGGCAAGAAGUUUUACUACUCUACAGAUCGUGGACGUCAUGACAGCAUUCGCUCUCACCAGGCACCCGUCAUGCCCAACAAGGAAAGGCUACAGAUCAUGCAGUUCCAUCCCAAACAGCAGGAUUGGAUCAUCUGGAUGGGCGGAAAGAACUGCGACAAGCUUGGUGACAAAGACUGUCACACAGUAGCCUACGUCUCACAGAAGAAUGGUGAAGAGGAAAGCUGGGACCCGCUUGUACCUUAUGUCAAGAAGUGUGCCUUCGUAUGGCGCGAGGCCGGUCGAAGUGUCAAGGAGGAGCAGGUGUUCUGCGAGCAACACACAAACGAGGAGAUGAGCGCUCCACUUGAACUCAUUUCCAGCGAAGACUGGUUCAAGAAGAAGGAUGUCAAGUUCAAGUCUGUUGUAGAAUUCGCGACCAUGUCCGAGUUCAUCGUUGUCGCAACAAAAGCCGAUGAUGGCACCCUCCACCUGGAUGCCAGUCUCGACGCCAACACCUUCGCCGAUGCCAAGUUCCCUCCUAAGUUCUUCGACGUCCACCAGACUGCCUACACAGUUCUCGAUAGCUCCACCCAUGCAGUCUUCCUCCACGUGACAGUCAACCCGGCACAGGACCAGGAGUAUGGCUCUAUCAUCAAGAGCAACAGCAACGGCACGUCUUACGUGAUGAGUCUAAGCGCCGUCAACCGGAACACAGAAGGCUAUGUCGAUUUUGAGAAGAUGCAAGGUCUCGAGGGAGUUGCUGUCGCCAACGUCAUUGUCAACGUCGAUGAGGUCAACAAGGGAUCCAAGAAGAAGAAGCAAAGUCGUAUCACACACAACGACGGCGCGGACUGGGAAGCUCUGCAAGCACCCGAGAAGGACUCGGAAGGCAAGGCAUAUGACUGUGACGUUUCGGAUAAGAACAAGUGCGGUCUACACAUCCAUGGAUACACCGAACGCGCCGAUGCUCGGGAGAUGUACUCUUCCCCGACAGCAGUUGGAUUGAUGCUUGCUGUCGGUAACGUGGGCUCAGAGCUGACCACCUUUGGCGAAGCUAAUACGUUCAUGACGACCGACGCAGGCAUUACCUGGACAGAAAUCAAGAAGGGCACCUACGCCUGGGAGUUUGGCGACCAAGGUUCCGUCAUCGUCAUUGUCCGCCGUGGAGAAGACACCGAUCACGUCUACUACUCGCUUGACAGCGGUGCGAAGUGGAACCUAUACCAGUUCUCCGAUCACAAAAUGCGCGUGGAAGCCAUCACCACUGUACCUAGCGACACUUCUCUAAACUUCCUCCUUUGGGGCAAGGAUAGCAAGGAACUUGUUGCGGUCAAUCUUGACUUCUCCGGUCUACCAGAAUUCAGCAAGCCUUGUGAGCUCGACGAAGAGCAUCCCACAAGCGGUGAUUAUGACCUCUGGACCCCACAACAUCCUCUACAGCAAGAAGAGCCACAAUGUCUUUUCGGCCACGUAGCGCAAUACCACCGCAAAAAGAGGGACGCUAAAUGCAAGAACGGCCAGCGUAUCGACAAGAUGCACAAGAUUGCCCGAAACUGCUCCUGCACCAGACGGGACUUUGAAUGUGCAUACAACUACGAACGCGAUGCAAGCGGCGACUGCAAGCCUGUUGCCGGUCUCGAACUCCCUGAAGCCUCAGCCGUAUGCAAAGACAAGAAUGUGAAAGAGUACUACACGGACGUCCGAUUCCGCAAGAUCCCCCUCUCUACCUGCGAAGGCGGCCGAGAGCUCGACAAGACGGGUGACGUGCAGCCUUGCCCUGGCUUCGAAGAAGACUUCCAGAAGAAGCACGGCAUCGGUGGCUUCUCGCUCUUCUUGGCCAUCGUCCUUCCUUUUGCUGCCGCAGGUGGUAUCGGAUAUUAUGUGUGGAAGCACUGGGACGGCAAGUUCGGUCGCAUUCGCCUCGGCGAUGGCAAUGGAGGUGGAGCGUUCGACUCGGACCAACCAUGGGUCAAGUAUCCCAUCGUCGCUGUAUCAGGCCUUGUGGCUGUCGUCAGUGCGCUACCCCUACUCGUGGGCAGUGUGUGGCGAUGGGCGGCUGGCAGAAUGGGUGGCGGAGGUGGCUACGGGGGAUACGGCAGGACGUAUACUUCUAGAAGCAGUUUUGCGCGUGGCAGGGGUGACUACGCGGUUGUCGAUCCCGACGAAGGAGAGCUGCUGGGCGAUGAGAGUGACGAGGAAGUAUAG